AUGUCACAUUGUAACGACAAUCCGACACAAGAAGAAGAAAAGGGACCACAGAAACCAAAAUCAGAUGAAAGGUCCCCCCUGAAUGAUAACGGGUAUGUCACCAACAACUCUAAAGCUAUCUGUGGCGUUUGUAAGCGAAUGUAUAGAGACCCAAAAAUUCUUCCUUGUCUUCAUACGUUUUGUGCUGACUGCGUCCGACAACUUGAACCGUUCUCAGUUUUGGGAGUUAACGGUAAACCGCUCUCACGAGAAAAUCCGGCGCUUUUACGCGACCAAGCAGCAGUAACGGUUUUAUGUCCCGAAUGUGACUCCGAAGUGGACCUUCCGUCAUCGGGGGUGGAUGGGUUGACCACAGACCACCUUGCUCUUGACGAGGUCUUUAUGGAAACGCUUUUGAUCGAAAACAGCGUAGUAUGUGACCUGUGCGCCGAUAGCGAUGCUGAGAAACGUUGUGCGGUGUGUUCCGUGAAUCUUUGCGAGUUCUGCAGCAAAGCCCACAGGAGACAGAAGAAGACAGCUGCUCAUUCCAUUCAAAACCUGGAAGAGCUGAAGUCUCAGGGUCAUCUCUCCAGACCUGUCAUGUGCUCUCUGCACCCAGGCCAGGAACUACGUCUUUUCUGUGACCCUUGUGAUAUCACUGUCUGCAUCGAGUGUGCCUCCACUUUUCACAGAGACCAUAAGUGCACCCCUACUCAGGACGUCAUCAAUCGCCAUGGAGACAAUAUCCGAGAGCUUGUCACCGGAAGCCUUCGGCCACGGCUCGAGCGCCUGGAGGAGUCCUUGCGUCGGGUAGAAGUUUCUCAGGAGGCUUUGCACACGAAGGCUGAGACGCUGGCAAAAGAGAUAAGAACGUUCGCAAGAAGCUACGCCAUUGCGGUAGAAACCCACUGCUGUUCCCUGCUACGCACACUGGAGGACAUGAGGCUACAACGAAGGAACCAGCUCCAUCUGCAGAAGGCACAGCUGCAACAGGCGUUGUGUGACGCACGGGGCGCGGUGGAGUUUGCUGAACGUUUGCUCACGUGUGGGUCAGAUGUGGAGAUUCUCAGCACCAAGGGGGUCACCAUGAGGAGGCUGGUAAACCUGGUGGAGUCUGGAUAUGACCCCCACCCAGCAACCGUCGCCCAGGACAGUGGGAGCAGCAUUUGCUUCCUGCCUCUGGAGAUCGCAGGACAGGUGGACGGAUACCCUGUGGUAGGAGUCUUACAUGACAAAACUGUGGACCCCGGCAAGUGCACCAUCCAGGGAGAAGGUGUUCAGCAGGGUCGUGAGGGCCAGCGGGGGAAGUUCACGCUCGUCUGCAGGGACUCGGCAGGGGAGCAGAUGAGCAAAGGAGGAGAUGCAGUUUUGGUCAGCAUAGUGCACAAGGAGAAGAAAGACUGCACAUUGGAGGCAUCUGUGGUGGACAACAACGAUGGUUCGUAUAGUGUUUCUUACACACCUGUGGAACCGGGCCCUUACUCCGUGUGGGUGUGUGUGAAAGCCCAGCAUGUUAAGGGUUCACCAUUUGUGUUGGCCGUGAAGAGAAAGUUCCGGAGACACCGUGGCACAUUCCACUGCUGCUCUUUCUGCUCCAGCGGAGGUGCUAAAGAGGCCCGAUGUGCCUGUCCAGGGACAAUGCCAGGGGGGUUCCAGGGCUGUGGGCAUGGCCAUAAAGGACACCCUGGGAAGCCACACUGGUCCUGCUGUGGAAGUGUUGUGGAGAAGUCUGAGUGUCUUUCACAGAGGGUGGGGCCAGACUCCCCCCGUGGAUGCCUCCGCACUGUGGAACUCUGA